UGCCGCGCAGGCCCCGCCCCCGAGCGGCGGCGGCCGUUGCUGGGAGACCGCGGGGACGCGGGAGCGGGGCCGCCAUGGCGGGGCCGCAUUCCACAGCCCCCAAUGCAGCCGAGACCGAGCUGCUGCUGCUGCAGAAGCAAGCGCUGGCUGAGGAGGAAGCGGCCAAAGCCAAGCAGGAACUGCUCGCUCGCUUCCUGCAGGUCAAGUUAUCCCGGGAGGAGCAGAGCAGCAUGUGGGGUCUCCACAAGGUCUGCACGCUCUGGCGCUUGGCGCAGCGCAAGACCAAGGACCAAGAGCUGCGCCAGGACAUCGAGAUCCUCAGCCAGACCUUCACGCGGGUCAUGGACUGCAAGGACGGUGUCAUUGAGGCGCUGGUCAGGGAGCUGGAAGAAGCGGAGGAGCAGCAGAACCGAGCCCUGCGCAGUCACCUGCACCUCACGGACCAACUGCUGCAGCUCCAGCGCUGCCGCCUGGGCUACCUGGAGGAGGGGUUUAGUGCCCAGGUGGGCGCCCUGAAGGCCGAGUUUGAGGCUGAGAGAAAGACCAUUCUGGAGCAGCAAGACUGGGAAAGGUGCUGCCUACAGGACAUGGCUCUGGCCACAGAGCAGGAUCACGCCAGGAGUGACCACGAGGCCAUGCUGAACUUCCAGAGCGCCCAGGAUGACAUCAAAAACAAGUGCUGGCAGGAGCAGCAGUACAGCCGGCUGCAGCUCGUCGCCAGGCUGGAGGGGCUGUGGGAGCAGAUCCAGAAGGCCCGGAGGAGCUACACCGAGGCCACAGAGAAGAGGAAGGUGGAGUUCGAGGAGCUGAAGAAGAAGUGUGUGAAGAGCUCCUGGGAGAUCGAUGUGCAGGCGAAGAAGCUGCAGAAGCUCCAGGACACGAUUACAGCCACUAGGAGCCAGAUCGCGGCUCACCUGCAGGAGAGCGAGGAGCAGAACCAGCGCAUACAGGAGGAGAAGGACCACGCCGUCCAGAAGCUCCAGAAGCUCCGGGCUGCGAUCAGCCAGGCCGGGACCACGGCUCACGCCCACCUGGUCACGCUCACCUGCCAGUGCAGUGCCACCCUCAAAGCGCUGCAGCAGGUGGUGGAGAAGGCCCAGCGCAUCCUGCGCCUGGCUGAGAUGUGCCGCAGGCUGGAGACAGAGGAGGAGAAGGUGCUGCCUUUCUACCCCUCCUCGCUGGCCGAGUGGGAGCAGCAGGAUGUCCGCAGGAUCCUGGCGGCGUCCCCCAGUGAGCCGCUGGCACGGGCCAUGCAGGACUACGUGGGGCUGGAGCGGUUCUGGCAGCGGUUCAACAAGGUGAAGCUGGAGGAGAAGGCGCUGGAGCGGGCGCGGGCAGCGCUGGCAAACAGGAACCGGCACCUGCGUGAGCUGCUCCAGCAGUACCUGGCGGGGGCUGCGCUCAGCCAGAAGGUGCCCAGAGACCCCCCACCCCUCCUCACCACCAAGCAAAAGCCGUGUCCCCAGAAAUGAACCCCACUUAGGGGAGGAGCCACGCACAGGGACAUUGGGCAUGGCGUACCCCAAGAGCCUCUGGGGAGGGGUCAACCACCUGGACCCCAUUCCUGGCUCCAUUCCUGGCUGCACCAGUUCCAGCUGAAGCUGCCUGGCAGACCAGAGACCUGUCCGGUGCUUGGGGCCACCGGGGACUGCAACUGCCUGGAAAUGCCUUAAAAGAGCAAAACUGCCUGAAAAUGUG